AAACCAAACAGUUUAAAAGGCGGUGCCCGCCAAGCCCCGAGCGGGAGUCCGCGGCGACGACAGCAGCAGCAGCAGCAGCAGCAGCAGAGUCACGUCUUGGGCCCUGGGGAUCGGCGUCCAGCAUCGGAGCGCGGCACGGAGACGAGGUGGCAGGGUACAGCUCUGACAGGGGAGAGAAAAGUGGCACCAUUUUGGGUGUUCUUGAGCUUCAGAAUGCAACCAGACGUGUCUUUGAAUGUCAUUAAGAUGAAAUCCAGUGACUUCCUGGAGAGGGCAGAACUGGACAGCGGAGGCUUCGGGAAGGUGUCUCUGUGUUUCCACAGAACCCAGGGAUUCGUGAUCAUGAAAACAGUGUACAAGGGGCCCAACUGCAUUGAGCACAACGAGGCCCUCCUGGAGGAGGCGAAGAUGAUGAACAGACUGAGACACAGCCGGGUGGUAAAGCUCCUGGGCGUCAUCAUAGAAGAAGGGAACUACUCCCUGGUGAUGGAGUACAUGGAGAAGGGCAACCUGAUGCACGUGCUAAAAGCCGAGAUGAGUAUCCCGCUUUCUGUAAAAGGAAGGAUAAUUGUGGAAAUCAUUGAAGGGAUGUGCUACUUACAUGGAAAAGGCGUGAUACACAAGGACCUGAAGCCUGAAAAUAUCCUUGUUGAUGAUGACUUCCACAUUAAGAUCGCAGACCUCGGCCUUGCUUCCUUUAAGAUGUGGAGCAAACUGAGUAAAGAAGAGCACAAUGAGCUGAAGGAAGUGGACAGCACCUCUAAGAAGAACGGCGGCACCCUCUACUACAUGGCGCCCGAGCACCUGAACGACGUCAACGCAAAGCCCACGGAGAAGUCAGAUGUGUACAGCUUUGCCGUCGUACUUUGGGCGAUAUUUGCAAAUAAGGAGCCAUAUGAAAAUGCUAUCUGUGAGCAGCAGUUGAUACUGUGCAUAAAAUCGGGGAACAGGCCAGAUGUGGACGACAUCAUUGAGUACUGCCCAAGAGAAAUUAUCAGCCUCAUGAAGCUCUGCUGGGAAGCGAAUCCAGAAGCUCGGCCGACAUUUCCUGGCAUUGAAGAAAAAUUUAGGCCUUUUUAUUUAAGUCAAUUAGAAGAAAGUGUAGAAGAGGAUGUGAAGAGUUUAAAGAAAGAGUAUUCAAACCAAAAUGCAGUUGUGAAGAGAAUGCAGUCUCUCCAACUUGAUUGUGUGGCAGUGCCUCCGAGCAGGUCAAAUUCAGCCACAGAACAGCCUGGUUCACUGCACAGUUCCCAGGGACUUGGGAUGGGUCCUGUGGAGGAGUCCUGGUUUGCCCCCUCCCUGGAGCACCAGCAAGAAGAGAAUGAGCCCAGUCUGCAGAGUAAACUCCAAGAGGAAGCCAACUACCAUCUCUAUGGCAGCCGCAUGGACAGGCAGAUGAAACAGCAGCCCAGACAGAACGUGGCUUACAACAGAGAGGAGGAAAGGAGACGAAGGGUCUCCCAUGACCCUUUUGCACAGCAAAGACCUUAUGAGAGUUUUCAGAAUACAGAGGUAAAAGGCACCGCUUAUUCUAGUGCAGCCAGUCAUGGUAAUGCAGUGCCCCAGCCCUCAGGGCUUAGCAGCCAACCUCAAGUGCCAUAUCGGAACAAUGUAUUAUAUGGCUCACAUGGCUUUGGAACGAGACCACUGGAUCCAGGAACAGCAGGUCCCAGAGUUUGGUAUGGGCCACUUCCAAGUCCCAUGUCUAGUCUGUAUAAAAUCCCGGUGCCUGAGACCAACUAUGUGGGAAACACACCCACGAUGCCAUUCACCUCCUUGCCGCUAACAGAUGAAUCUAUAAAAUAUGCCAUAUACAAUAGUACUGGCAUUCAGAUUGGAGCCUACAAUUAUAUGGAGGUUGGUGGGACGAGUUCAUCACUACUAGACAGCACAAAUAUGAACUUUAAAGAAGAGCCAGCUUCCAAGUACCAAGCUAUCUUUGAUAAUACCACUAGUCUGACCGAUAAACACCUGGACCCAAUCAGGGAAAAUCUGGGAAAGCACUGGAAAAACUGUGCCCGGAAACUGGGCUUCACACAGUCUCAGAUUGAUGAAAUUGACCAUGACUAUGAGCGAGAUGGACUAAAAGAAAAGGUUUACCAGAUGCUCCAAAAGUGGGUGAUGAGGGAAGGCAUUAAGGGAGCCACCGUGGGGAAGCUGGCCCAGGUGCUCCACCAGUGUGCCAGGAUCGACCUUCUGAACCACUUGAUUUACGUCAGCCAGAACUAACCCUGGAUGGGCUGUGGCAGCUGAAGCGGACUCCUCGCUUACUGAAUAACCCCAGAAAGUUGGCUGCCUCGGAGCAUUCAGAAUUCUGUCCUCACUGAUGGGGGUUCUGUGUCUGCAGAAAUAUUGUUUUCUGUAUGUCAUAGCCGGGGAAUGGGGAAAGAAGUCUGCAGCAAAGGGGUCUCACUCUGUUGCCCAUGCUGGUCUCAAACUUCUGGACUCAAGUGAUCCUCCUGCCUCGGCCUCUCACAGUGCUGGGAUAUCAGGCAUGAGCCACUGCGCCCAGCCAACAAUCCGCUCCGAGGAAAGCGUAAGCAGGAAGACCUCUUAAUGGCGUAGCACCAAUCAAAAAAUGACUCCUAAUUGGGUUUGGAAAGGGAGAGAAGAGAUGUCUGAGGAAGGUCAUUUUCUUUCAGCUCAUGGCAUUUCCUAGAAUUUUGCUGAAGCAAGAAGAAAAACUCAGAGAACAUAAAAUCAACUUUUAAAAUUGUGUGCUGUCUUCUUCACGUAGGCUCCUGUUAUGAACAAAGUACAGUAAAAUUCUAAGCCCUGUUCAGAGACUUUUUGAAUCACUGCAGCUCAUUGCCACGUUACAGAGUCUGUUAACAUGGAUAUCAAAUACUGUAUCAGUUACUAUAGGCUCUAAGAAUCACAUGCAGUCUUCACUCCAUUAAAUUAUCGAUUUUUUAAAAAUUAAUUGAAUUUAUAUUCAGUUUUCAAAUUAACUGAACAGAUUUAAAGGGGUACCAAGGAGGGGGGAAACAUCAGAUUUCCCAGACAGUUGUUGCAAGGAAUUGCUACUAACUGUGACUACAGCAGAAAUUCUUGAUUGACUUUGAAAGUUACUUCCUGGCAUUCUGGUACUUUCAUCCAGCCUGGGUGCCCUGGAGAGGGAACAGGAAAUGCUGAUCUCUACGCCUGGGUGAGAGCAGAACCUCGGCUGACACUGUUGAGUGACUUCCUCGGUUUACUCUGUACUGUGAAAGUAUUUUCAUAUUUUUUCUGUGUGCCAGAGUGAAAAAGGACAACUCCUGACUGUGGGAAUUGUGCCUGUAGCACCCAACCUUUCAAAAUCCACCUGAAACCUAGGGGUGUGGAUGAAAGAACUAGAAUAGUUCAGAAGACUGAAGCUGGGUGGGCCGCUCAGCGUCUCCACUGGCAUUUUGCUAAACAGACAGGGAAGGCCGUGUGCUUAGCUCUCCCCAGAGGGAGGACGAGAAGGGUGUGGUGAUGGUCAAUCUGGCUGUUGGAACGGAUUCUGGUGUCUUGGGCUGAUAACAGUGUUGUUGAUUCUGACUGUGAACCCCUCAACUCUAGCAGACACAUACACGCCCCUGACACGGGGCUGCAGAGCAAGCUCUCAGCCUUGGCACUGUCGGCGUCUCGGGCUGGGUAAUUCUCUGUUGUGGGGACUGUCUUGUGCCUUGUAGGAUGUUUGGCAGCAUCCCUGCCCCUACCCACUAGAUGCCAGGGGCACUGUUCUCCCCCCGUCCCUCCCCCAGUUGUGACAACAAUGUCUCCAAACAUUGUCAAAUGGUCCUAGGAAAGGAGAAAAUUGCCCCGGUUGAGAAGAGCACUGCUGUAAAGUAAUGAGCCUCGGCUCUCCUGUCCACACCGGUCCGGUUACUACUUGGCUGCCACGCAGCCUUGGAUCCUACAGCCCAAAAGGGAGAAUGGAGGGAGGCUCCAGGCUUUGCUGGAGGGGCCUGGGUGAGUUCCGUUUGCUCCUUGUACCACCAUCCAAAUGGUGUUCUCAAAUCUCUUAGAGUCCAAAGAGGCUGAAUAAUUAAUAUUGAAAGGCAAAAGGGCGAGGCAUUUUUUAACACACUUUUUAAAAUUUUAUACCGCAACUACAGGCUACUGAUGUGAUGUGUGUGUCACUGGGACAGAUGGGGGUUCUCCAUGGUGCCUCUGCCACGGAGGCUGCCUUUCCUGAGCAUAAUCCCCUUUUACCCUCCUGCUGCCAAGCAGGAGACGGGAUGCUGCUGGUGAGAAGAACACCUCCCUGCCAGUGCCUUUUGGCCCUCAGGAUGAGAGGCCUGCAGCAGCACUGCUGUCCCUGCGCCUGGCUCUAGGGCCUUCCCUUCGCCCCCACUCUCUCAGCACCAUGGUGGGAAGAACCAGGUUUGCCUGUGAGGAGUUACGUACAAGGCCCAAGCUCCACAAGAACACUGCUGUUAACGGGCAGAGCCAAGUAAGCAGGACGACACAGAGCAGCAAAGGAGAACCGAGACUGUCGGUUCGGAAACAGACAUUCACACCCUAGGUUAUUACUGGUAAUAGAGACCUACUUCCAGCUCCCACAGUCCUGCUUGGUGGAUUUUCCACUUGUUGCUACAGUCAUCAUCUUUGCUUUGGGUCUGUCAUGUGAAGUUAGGGUUUCAGGAAUAAAAUGUGUAAUCACAAAAUGUUUUAGGCAGUAUUUUGAGGUACAUUUUAAUGAGGUACUUAUGAAAGGAAAAGCAUUUUCUAAGUAUAAUAAAGGCAUAAAUAAA